GGGACACUGGACAUUGGCGUGCGGGCUGCAGAGGGAGGUAUGCUGCAGAGUCGCGGCGCGAGUAACAACACACCGGACGAAGGAAAGAGCAACGUCUUCUUGGCUUUGUUGUCAUCCAAACACUCAUCUCAGACAACGGUCCGACGGUUCUCCAGCUACCUCCAUCACCAUGUGGCUACCUUCCAAACGAUCCUGCGGCGGAGGCUCUGCCUUUGACUCGGACGGCAAUGUGUGCACCACACUGACGAGCGGGGACCGCACCACCAUCGGUGCUGGUCUUGGACUAUGCGCGCUCAUUCUCCUCGUCACGGUCGGGCUCGCCACGGGAAGGUGGUACAGGAAGAGCAUCAAGGCCCGGAAAGCACAAGAGCCCAUGACGGCGCGGGCCCCGCUCAUCACGGUCGGGAGGUCGCAGUCGCCCGCCUCGUUCUUCUCCCCCUCGGCCCCGUCAUCGCCUGCCUCGGUCACGGCGGAUUAUCUGGAGCAGGAGGCUGCCCUGUCAGACAGCUCGCACUCACACUAUUCUCAACCGACCUCCGAGCGCUUCCACUUCCCAUUACUCUCGGCCGACGGACACCUCUUACCACCCGCCGCGGCGUCGCCAAGGCGAUCGCCAGAACAGGACAACAGUGGUUUCUCCCCGCAUCGCCCUUUGCCUGCACCCCCAGCGGCAUAGUGCGAUGGUCUCUUGGGUUCCGCAGCUAGACCAGCUGCGCACGCAGCAUAGUACGCAGCAUAUCAUGGGCGACACAACUGGUGAAGAUGUAUAUGUAUGAGAUGGG